AUGCAACACACCACAGGGCACAUUUUGCCAGCACCAACUUUCAACAAAAUACCUCGCUUCGAGCAUCAAGUGCACGUAAUCGCUCCAGCAGCCCUACACGCUAUCGGAGAGCUUUUCAUAGAGCAUGACGUUCAACAGCACUAUGGCGUUGGACUUCUCCAUCGACAUUUCGAUCUACAAGACAACCAAAUCAUGUUACAUCGUCUUAACGCAGGAGACAUUGAUGUCUGCUCUGUUUGCGAUGUACACUCUGUGGACGCAACUUUGCUGGUUCCGCACUCGCUGUAUUUGAAUAGCAUGCUCACUUUUGAGCCGUUCGAAUACAGCUUAGGUGACACACGUGUACCCCACUUCGACACGAGCUUCCUUGAUGCGCUUCGCGAUCUACUUAUCUCGUUGGCUUUGAGGGAGACUAUCAGUCUGGUUCCUAAUCCUAGCGAUGGGAUGCCAAAUGGGAUCAUUGUUGAAAACACGUUGGCUGGAAUUGAAGCAACACAGUCGACUGUACAACCUCGAGAAUGGACUCCACAUAAAGGUGACACCGCGGUCAUAACUGGAUGGCGUUUUCAUCAAGACCAACUUGGACGUUUGCAGAUUGUCGAGGUAAAGGAAUGUGUUAAGAACGGAGCAGGAGUACAUAACGUCACAUAG